GGCUGCUUCCGGGUCAGUGCAGGAAUGUGGGCCCUGCAUGUCUCCUUCUGGUCCUCUCUCUCUCCCCUUCACUCACUCUGCUCCAACCAGACCAACCCCCACGUUCCUCCGAACUCCAGACGCGGUGCUGCCCUGGGGCCUCUGCAUGGGCUGUUCCUUCAACUGCCCUGCCAGGUCCAUGGGCACCGACUUUAAAACAUAACAAGUUGCCUAGAUAGGCUGGGCCAAGAGACUGCCAGGCGAGGGCUGGGCAGCUGGGAGGAGCAGAGCGGGGAGGCCCUGGGACGCGGUACCUAUGGAAACCAGAACAAAGAGUUGUCGCCCCAGCCACACAAACACCUGGGCUGUGCUUCUCCCACUUGGCAGGCCUGGUGGCCCGGGAUGCUGGUAGUAGCAGGGCCGAUGGACGCCUUCAGCACCAAGAGCCUGGCCCUGCAGGCCCAGAAGAAGCUCCUGAGCAAGAUGGCGUCCAAGGCCACGGUGGCCGUGUUCAUCGACGACACGAGCAGCGAGGUGCUGGACGAGCUGUACCGCGCCACCAAGGAGUUCACCCGCAGCCGCAAGGAGGCCCAGAAGGUGCUCAAGAACCUGGUCAAGGUGGCGGUGAAGCUGGGCGUGUUGCUGCGCGGCGGCCGGCUGGGCGGCGAGGAGCUGGCGCUGCUGCAGCGCUUCCGCCAGAGGGCGCGCUGCGCGGCCAUGACCGCCGUCAGCUUCCGCCAGGUGGAGUUCACCUUUGACCGGCGCGUGCUGGCCGCCGCCCUGCACGAGUGCCGGGACCUGCUGCACCAGGCCGUGGGCGCGCACCUGACCGCCAAGUCCCACGGCCGCAUCAACCACGUCUUCGGCCACUUGGCCGACUGCGACUUCCUGGCGGCGCUCUACGGCCCCGCCGAGCCCUACCGCUCGCACCUGCGCCGCAUCUGCGAGGGCCUCACCAGGAUGCUGGACGAGGGCAGCAUAUGACCUAUGACCUCAGGGCUGGGUUUCCUGCGGGGGACGCCAGAACCUCCUUUCUCCCAUCCAGUUCUGGCCAAACCGCCCCUUUGGAGAGGAUGCUAAUCUGUGGGAGGCAGUGGCUUUAAGGACUCUUGUCGCCUCCCCAUCCACCCCGUCUCCGUCUCCGGGGGAGAAAAGCUCAGCCGGCCAGCCUGUGGCCUCCCUGGGCACCCCAAGACUGCUGCCUGCUGUAACCCACCUGACCUGACCUGACUGGCACCACCCCUCCAGCCACCAAAGGCCCCAGAAGUUGGCACUUGUCACUUAAUGACAUGAAGGGUCGUGGGGAACCAGAAGGGAGUGUUACAGGGUGAGUUGCAUCUCCCCACAUUCUUUGAAGUUGUAGCCCCCAGGACCUUUGAAUGGGACCUUCCUGAGGAAUAGGGUCAUUGCAGAUAUCAAGAUGAUAGUCAAGAUGAGGUCACACUGGUAUAUGGCUGGGCCCCCGGUCCUUGUAGGAAGGGGAACUUUUGAAACUGGGGGGGGGCCGCCUGGAACGGCCCAGCUGACACCCGGAUCACAGGCUUCUGGCCUCCA